UCGCAAUUCCCUGAGCUGCUCGAAGUUCGAACCUUACCUCUCCGCCAUGAUAAGCCUUGAGUGUAGCAAAGGCCCAUCUCCUUCAUCAUCGUGGUGCUCUCGUUUCUGGUCCUCUGCUGUCAGAGCCAAAAGAUUAUCCGUUACGGCUGAGAAAGUUCGCCGCGAUAAUUCGAGCGGCGACCUUUGCCGGCGACUUGGUCUGAUUGACCUCCUCCUUAUCGGAAUUGGCGCCUCUAUUGGCUCCGGUGUAUUCGUCGUCACGGGAACCGUGGCCCGAGAUGCUGGACCCGGAGUGGUGAUAAGUUUUAUGCUUGCUGGAGUAACAUGUGUUAUGAAUGCACUUUGUUAUGCUGAGCUAGCUUCUCGAUUUCCUGCUGUUGUCGGUGGGGCAUACCUAUAUGCCUAUACAGCUUUUAAUGAGCUCACUGCUUUUCUAGUUUUUGCACAAUUAAUGCUGGACUAUCAUAUUGGGGCAGCUAGCAUAGCAAGAAGCCUUGCAAGUUAUGUAGCAACGAUCUUAGAGCUAUCUCCUCUUCUUAGAGGCAACAUUCCAAAAUGGAUUGGACAUGGUGAAGAUAUAGGGGGAGUUCUAUCCAUCAACCUCUUAGCUCCAGUUCUCUUGAUACUUCUUACUUUGAUUCUUUGUUGGGGCAUUGAAGAAUCCUCAGCCGUAAAUUCAUUUAUGACUGUGACGAAGUUACUCAUUGUCAUUUUGGUCAUUUUUGCUGGAGCAUUUGAGGUUGAUGUUUCUAAUUGGUCCCCUUUUGCUCCAAAUGGUAUAAAAGGCAUAUUUACAGGAGCUACUGUUGUAUUCUUUGCAUAUGUUGGAUUUGAUGCAGUUGCCAAUUCUGCUGAAGAAUCUAAGAGACCGCAGAGGGAUUUGCCAAUAGGCAUCAUCGGAAGCCUUAUAGUAUGCAUAGCUUUGUACUGUGGAGUUUGCAUAGUGAUUACUGGAAUGGUUCCGUACAAGGUUCUUGGGGAAGAUGCUCCUUUGGCUGAAGCUUUCACAUCCACAGGUUUAAAAUAUGUUUCAAUUCUGAUCAGCAUAGGUGCUGCUGCUGGACUUACAACAACGCUCCUUGUUGGUCUUUAUGUUCAGUCUCGGUUGUAUCUUGGGCUUGGCAGGGAUAGAUUACUGCCUUCCCUAUUUGCUAAAGUGGACCCUACAUGCCACACUCCUAUUCAUUCUCAGGUCUGGGUUGGAAUUGUUGCCAGUGUUUUGGCUGGGCUAUUGAAUGUCCAUGCACUCUCACACGUUCUUUCUGUUGGUACACUGACAGGCUAUUCAAUUGUCUCAGCAUGUGUAAUUGUGCUUCGUUGGAGGGAUGAAACGGCUAGUCAAGUUUCAUCUUUGGCUUGGCGGGAAGGUGUUAUUUGCCUCAUUGCUGUUGCCCUUAGUGGAUUUGGUACUGGGCUCUUCUUUCGCUAUGAUGCUCCACUUAGUGUUUUUCUUCUAGCUAUAGUUACCGCAACAGCUGCUUCUGCUGCUCUUAACUUCCGCCAGGUUUAUGUGAUGCUAGGAUUUUCUUGCCCUGGGGUUCCAAUUGUGCCGGCUAUUAGCAUCUUCUUCAACAUGUUCUUAUUUGCUCAGUUACAUCAUGAAGCGUGGGUAAGAUUUGUCCUUCUUAGUGUGGUUAUGGUUGGUCUUUACGCGUUAUACGGCCAGUAUCACGCUGACCCUGGUGCUCAAGAGAAUGCCAUUUAUUCUAGGGCACCUGUGGAGGAACCUUGAUGAAUCAUCCUUUGGUGUAUAUCCCAUGUUUUUUUAGACUGUACACGGCGUAUGAAACAUGUUGUAGAGAAGUGUCGGUUGGCUGGGUUUUUUUUUU